UGGACAAAGUUCAUGUGACUCUGCAUAUCUUUGACAGUUCGGCUUUUAUGAUACAAUAUUUUGCUGCUGGAGGAUGACAUAUUCCGUGCGAUAAUGUAGUUUUUGGAUACGUAAUCUAGUCAUUUAAUCCAACUGAUUUCCAGUUUUAUAUCUGGAGAGUUUCCAUUUGCUUCUUGUGCCUUUUACUUCUAUUGUGGUACGUUGAGACAGUUCUGCUGAUCAAAUAAUACACAAGCUACAGACAUGGGAGACACAGAAAGGGAACCGCUGAUUCAGAAGGAGAGUAAUUCAGCGUAUGCAAGUACUGAUGGUGGGUUUGUACAGCCCCAACAUGCCACAGUUUCACCAAUUGGACCUGAUGAGUUGCCACCCCCGUAUCAGGGUGGACAGGGUGCAGUGCCUAUGGUUACAUGCAGAGUUUGUCAAGCAUUGAUUGACAUUUCUGGAAAAAGAGACCAACAUGUAGUGAAGUGUAUGCGCUGUCACGAGGCAACUCCUAUUAGGAAUGCACCACCUGGAAAAAAGUAUGUACGCUGCCCCUGCAAUUGUCUGCUUAUUUGCAAGAGUUCAUCACAGCGUAUUGCUUGUCCUCGACCAAACUGCAAGCGAAUAAUAAACCUGGCACCAAGCCCUGUUACUCCACCAGUGCCAACGAUGCCCGGCAUGUGCCGUGUUACAUGUGGACAUUGUCAUGACACCUUCCUGUUUAAUACACUUAAUAAUGCUCUUGCAAGGUGCCCUCAUUGUCGGAAAGUGUCAUCAGUUGGACCAGACUUUGCUAGAGCCCGAGGGAUAGUGUUUAUAAUAAUUGGUCUGGUUUUCUUGGCUGUUGGCAUUGGUGUAACGGUUGGAACUUAUCAGUUGGUUCGUAAAAAUGGAGGCAUUUAUGUUGCAUAUGUAGGUGCAUUCAUAGUAGCGCUACUGGCAUUUGCUCGUAGUGUGUACUAUUGUACUAUGAAAGUGAGUCUCAUUGAAGGUCCUAUGUGAAGAUUCGUCUUCUGUAAGUUCACAUUCCCAGAAGGAGUGAAAUGAAGCCUUUUGCAGAAGCGGCCAGGCUUGAGCAGAUGUGAAUUUUUACACUCUUCAGUUCUCAUCAGCUUCUCCCUGUCAGUAUAAGCUCUGCUGUUUAAAUUCUAUUAUAUAUAUGUUAUAAAUGUCUGUUCAGAUUAUUUUAAGUGAAUUUUAUUUUAAUGUAAUGCUAUAAUUUACACAUUUGGUAAGAAAGUCUGAAUGACAGGAAUUUUUUGUAUGGGAUAGAACGAUUGAUGGAGUACAGUUUCAUAAAUUUAUGUGCAUUGGAUGCAUUACCAAACCAGGUUUUAAAACCUUCUCAACAUGUCACUCUGAUUUGACAGACUGUAGCUGAGAAAAAUCAAAUAAGUGUAUUUAUUGUUUGUGAUAAUACAUAUAGUUUUGAAAUACCAGGAGAUUGAACUAGUAUAGUAUUGUAUAACAUGGCUGUAAAUAUGACUUUUUUUAUUUGGACUGUGAGGUUAAAAUGUAAUUCAUGAUGUUUAGCAUACUAGUGUAUUCCUGUCUUUUCGUAUUGUUUUAUUGCACAUAGUAUUUUGAAUCUUUAUUUUGUGACAGAUUUUUACAUUUUUAUUUCCUCUGAAUAUUUGUUAUUUUAGUUUGCUUGGUUCAGCCAUUUGUAAUUGAAUGCUUCCGUUGAAGCAUCCAUUUCUUGUCCUUCCUCAAUUCCAAUUGUAAUUUCUUACAUGUGUAAUUUCCUCAAGGAAUAUGUAACAGUUUACAAAUAAAUUACAAACUACAGUAGUUGCUAAGAACAUUGUUGGAAGACAUUUUAAAAUUUAUUUUAGAGAAAAAACUGCAUUGUUAUUUCCCUGUACAAGCUGACAACUUAUUCUAUUCUGGACUGUUAUAUGGUAUCACUUGGUAUAUUAUUUUGGAUAAAGUGAAAUAAGGCAAAGGGUAGUUGACAUUUUCAGCAUUAUUGCGUUGAAACAUACUGGGAUCAUUGUUGGCAACUCUUUCAGUGUUUAAAUAGAUCUGAAAUCAUUGUCAGCAUGUUGAUUACUGACUUCUCCUACUGUUUCAUUUAAAUAAUACUACUGAGCAUAUCUGAAGUUGUGUAUUCAAGCUUGUUUGUGAUUUAUUUCUAAGAAAUUCCAAGAUACCACCAGUUUUGCUAUUUAUUAUGUUGUUACAUACCUUGGAUUUGUGUGCAGAAAAUGUCUGUAUUGCAUAGUUCUCAGAAUAAAUUACUGAUUCAAGUGAA